CAAGGGAGAAUAUCGAAUAAUGCUACAUUCUAUUUAUUGCCAUAAUUAUUAUAUUAUAAAUAAAGGCUUUUGCUAAAAAUGGCCAGGCCCAUGACUCCACAAUGACCUUCGUUUUUCCGUUACGGCUAAAGAAGCCAUCUAAGACGAAACGACUAAUAAAACGAGGCGGCCUGUGACAAUAAUUUUUUUCUUAAAUGUGGAUUUUUUUUAUUAUUUAAGAGAUUUAUUAUAAGACUUCGAACUGCACUCAGGAAAUGUACUUGACUUCCCUACUCCAAUAGAGUAUAGAGUGCAAAAGUCUGCUUAAUCAAGCAUGCUGUCCAUUGAUCCGAGCCCGAUCUUGAUGAAAUCGACCCACCGUACGACUUCUGUAUGUUAUCUAUAAGAGAUUUUUUUCUCAGACAGAGGGCUGUUAUGAGUGCAUCAAAGCGAUCCUUCGUUAGACACGUUUGUGCGACGAUCUAUGUAGAUAUGGCCGGCUAUAUCUGGGUUUUUCAACUGGCCUCGUGCGCUUGCGUCUCUCAGUGAACCUGGGCUUUAUAACGAAAUUUCAUCAUGACUUUUUCGUAAUGAAAGAAUCCGCUAUUUCUUCUAACAUGUUUCACAUGAUGAGUAUACAAAAAGUUCGAAAAGCUCUGAAGUGCAGCAGCACUCAAGUCCAAGACCGCUUUUGGUGCGAAGGAACUCAUGCAUAUGGGUAGAGCGAUUCCGCACUUCGGGCUAGAGUCUCCAAUUUGACGGAUUAUAUAUGUCUAUAUAUUAAAUAAAUUUAGCGACUUUGCUUUUACUGUCCUGCGACUCAUUCAAUAAACCUGGGGAAAAUAUCUUUGUUAACAGAUUUGGGUUCCCACGACGCAAGCUGUAAUGAUACGGUAUUUUCUUUUGGGUCACCAUCGACAUCUGGCCGCCACCUGACCAGAGCUCCACGAACAGAAUGACACCUGCGCCGGAAAGUGGCCAGCCAAUUAUUGCACCACUGAACAUAGUUUGACCGCUAUUUCGGUAGAUCGGCGACCUUCGUCGGCCGAAAUGCCCGCUAGAUCAACUGAAAUCAACGACUGAAUCAAGAAGUAUCCGUUGGAAAAAUAUACUAUCGUUUUGCCAGCAAUCGAUGAGCCAUGCUACACGUAUCAACCUACGAAGUGCCUACGUUACCGCGUUGGAACAGCUUUCCAUCCUAGAUAUCAGGGCCAUAGGAGAUUUUGGGUCCGUGUUGGCUUUGUACUAUUUCUGUAGCUCGGUAAAACCUCGUGCGCGACCCUUGAAUCAAAAUCGUGGAUGACGAAAAUGGUCUCCUCUGUUAAUAAUCGAACAUAGACUAUUAUCGUCGAUUUUUUUUUUUUCAUAAAACCACAACCGUGACAUUCUUGAAGCUUUUGAUUGAUUAUAAACGGGUUAUUUAAAAGUAAACGACCUUUAGUGUAAAAUGUAGUGUAGUAUAUUAUUUACACAAUGGGACAUUGUAUACAUAACACUUCCACGAGUACUCCUCUAGGAGCGGACAAUAUGUGACGUUUACAUAAAACAAGUGAACUGAAUGUUAGUUAUGUAUUUCUCUUGUUUGUACGUUGUGUAGCACUUGCUUAAAGGGCCAUGCCAUCAGAUACGUACGCCAUGUAGAUAUUUACAUGAAAACAAAUUAAAAAAAAAAAAAAAACGUAAAAACUGGAAUUGUUCACCUGGUGGGUAAUGCAAUAUUCCGCUACCGAAUUGCUGGCGUUUUGAUGAGUGGUGAUCGAGAACUAACAGCGCUAUACCCGAAGUACGAGUGACCAAAAAGACUUCAACAAACCGCAGACAUGCCCUUUUUCUAUGCCAAUUUUUUAUUACUGCCUUACAUUUGGUAAAAAAGAUUGAUCGCAUAAAUAGAUCUGCACAAGAGUUAACCGAGUUCGAGCAGAACAAUCUACAGGGAAUGUUAAAUGAUGAAGCGGCACUUUGAGAUUAACAUCAAAGACAAAAGCUACUGAUCCUUAGAGGCAAUGCUGGAUAGUAUUUAAGACCUUCAAUCCUCAUAAAUGCUCCAUUUAAUCUGCUACACGAUCCCAUGCUCAUAUGAUCUACAAUAACGAGGAGCUGUAAUGUUGAUCACGGUCUAAGGAUGUACUGGAUAUUGAACAUCAGCAGAGACUAGAAACAAAAAUACAUUAAGUAUUUUCCUUCGACCGACUUCUUCGCAAAUCGCUGAUACUGACGUGACGCAACGGCUUAAAGCACCUAAAUUUAAGAGCCAUCGGUGGGCAACCUCAACGUCCGGUUUGACUUCCGCCGCUCUUGCAUACUACCGGUUACUUAAGCUUUCAAAGCCCUGUGAAAUCAUCGAAUAAGAUCAUUCAGUUCAGUACAAAACCAUACAUAUACUAGACUAGAAACUGAGUAAUCUUUGCGUUCCAAAUUCACGAUUCGCCCGAUGAGUACUCCAGGCUUUUUAAAACUUGUGUUAUGUGUGUGUGGGGUUAAGUUUAUUCUUCGUCCAACAGAAUAAACAUUCCGUAGUCUCGAAAAUUAACACUCGGUGGUAAAAGUUUUAUUUCUCGAAGUUUACAGCAGUGCGAAAAUUCGCCGAAUUUUGAUAGAGACAUUAGGCGAAAAGGCCUUGAGCGAAAACACAGGACGUGAACGGUGCAAACAUUUCAAGAACGGAGAAACUUCGGCGUGGUGAAGAUUAGCGAGGGGGCGAUCAGAUAUCGGGUCUCGAAGGCUAAGAACGUAUUGUUGUAAUCAAGGAAGUCUUCCGUGUAAACAGAGCUUGAUCAAAAUUAGCAUCUAACGCAUGUAACGUGGGGCAGAAUCGUAACCCAAAAACUGAAGAUGCGGAACUGAGUAAAAAAGGGUGCUCCGCAUAUUGGCUCUAGGUCAGUCGAAAAAGCGUAAUGUAUUUCACGUACAACUUGCGGAGCUUUAAGGAACAGUCAAUUUGCCUGGAUCAGACGAGGCACCGUUCAAUAUCUGCCGUCAGUCGAAAGGGGCCAGACGAGAGACGUGCUUAGAAUCAAACAAUGAGUGCAGCCCGUUAUCUUGAACAUUUCAGGAGACAUAUGGACCGCAGGCACACCAAUCGAAGACACGCAGUCCGGUUACGUAUGUAAAGAAAUAACUUUGGAACGCAAAUGGUAGGCAUAUGAUUGUCAAGAGGCUGGCAGGACGCGGCAGCAAGGGUGUAAAAAUAACGAACCUUCGACACAUAUGAAAAUCAUUAUUAUAGUCCAACUAAUUAUUAAGUUGCAAACUCUGGUGGAUUCGCUAAGCACAAGCUACUAUUCGUGUAGAUAUAUAUUUACAGUAGCAGCUACAAGCAUCACCACUAUACAUUUAUAUUGAUUCGCCAUAUGGCAAUAGCCGUUGGCGCUUGUCGUAGCGACAAAUAUCAGAAUUGCAUGAAUCCCAUUUGACGACUCCUAGACGCCGCUCUGCGCUCAGUUCUUGCUGUCACUCAUGCCAUUGCUGCCAACGGUUCAUCUAACGGCGUCAACAUCUUUGCCCAUCAUCAAAUCAUUUCCAUCAGUAAGAUCAGCAUCAAUCAGCCAGCCUACCCCGCUGGCCAAUGUAGAGGGCAAAUGGACAAAUAGGCAUGGAUGAAAAGCAAAUAACGGGGGGUUAGUCAGCAGGAACUUGUACGCGUAACACAGAUGUGCUCUUGCGAAUGCUGCCAAGUGAACGCCCGCUGACGGAAUCGUAAGUAUUAUUACAUAAGUGCUAAAGUGAGCCUUUCUUGCUCCUCAUACUGCCGCCUUCCCCAGUGUGUAACAUUGCAACGCCGCUAUCGUAUCACUAGGAGACUUGGCAAGCCUAAGCCAACAACCGGCCUUACCUGUAAGUGUAUUGCUAUUGGCGGUGAUGUCUACUACGUCGGCCGUUAUCCAUCUGCAAUUAGAACCGCUGCCGCCGCCGCCGCCGCCGCUGCCGCCGCUAUCGUGGACCGUAAAGACGAUUUCUACCGAACGCCGGCAUUGGCGUGACGCCACCUUUAGUGAGAAAUAAAUAACACCAACAUUCGCUUUAAUAUUAUGGUGGUAAUGAUUAUGAUUAAUACUAUUAUCAUUAUUUCAUCGAAAGCGUUUGACGCAUCAAUAAACGUCUCGAAAGUCUACACCCUUUUGGAAAUGUGGGUCCUGCCAGCAGGUCGACUGAUUGAUCGAUGAAAAUCUUAUCACAUCAAAUCAAAAUCUCUUGGGGUCGUUGUUGCUGCAUUCAUAGACGAUGCUGUUAUUAUACUGGUGCCGUUGCAGCUAUUGGUAGCGGUGAAGAAGAAGAAGACGCAACGGAUUCGCUUAAAGUUAACACAGCCCAUUCCUAUGCAAUGAAGUUCAAUCAUUUCCUGUAAAGGAAAGAUAUUCUAGUCUCUAAAUGGAUGGCAUUGUUCUGGUGAUGUCUUGUGCAUGUGCAUGUGAAAGUAGGUAGAUACAGUGACGUGCUUGUAGAGAGGGGACCAGCCCGUGUACGUGUUCGUUAAACCUGAAAAAUACCGUAUCGUGAAUUCGCGACGUCUGUUGCGCAGAAAAAAAUUUCAAAUAACAAAAUAUUGGGAGAACAUUUUAAAUUGCUAGCUUUCCAGGCAAGCUACGAUUGACAACAGAGAGUUUGAACAAUACUAAUUUGAGGUUACUGAAAACUCGACAUCAUAUACCCUAAAAAUAAACGUUUCCGGAUAUCCGUUUUCGAUCUUAUUAACAAUAUCCAUCAACUUAUGCUUACCUGCGGAGGGGCACUAACAAUGUGUUUGUCGACCAAAUAUAAGGGCUAUUGAUGUGGUAAUGUCUAAAUUCAAAAUCGAGCGCGGACAGAGGCACCCGGUUCGUUUCCUGCCGGAAGAGGUCGCUGUUCAACUGGUAAGGCUAAACGACGUAAAACUCGAAAUAUUUCUGCCCCCUGUCAACAAAGCUAUGUCUGCUAAUGAGAGAAGUGUCAUACGCAAGUUUCCAUAUUACCUACACUUUUUGCGUUUGGCAUCGAUCACGCCAAUUCGAUUUGCAUCGUCUGCAGUUGUGCACCGACAUCUACGUAUACUGAUACCGCCAUUAUUUGAAUCCUGUAAUCAUUUAUCGACGUAUGCGUGCCUAUAUUAUUCGGAAGCAAUGAAUAUCUUGCGACGCGACCGAUCGACAUCUCUACGGAUAUGCGGAUCGGCCGUCACGACGGUGACAGCAGGGCUAACUAUUGAAACCAAAUUUGCCAUUGACAUGCCGCAUUGUGCCCACAGGACGCGUCAUCUCGCGACGAUAUACGUAAGGGACUGCACCAGUAGUCCUCUUCAUUAAAUCAGGCAUUAGUCGAUCCAUGAUUGUUGUUGUUGUCGUCGUCUCUGCCGCUGAACUGUCUGUCUGAUUUGGUCGGUAUGGCGUCUAUCGUUCGUGGACGACGUCGCACCAGCGUAAGCAGGACGUUCACGUACGGAAUCGACGUAAGCAUGAACAACAGUAGCAGUAUCUGCCGUAUCGCUAACUAAACCGCAAACGUGUACUCAAUGAUGUCGGUGAGCGAUACGCUUGCGUCGCUGAAAGAAGCCUCUUUUCACACUAGCUUAUGUCGACUUGAAGUCGGCUCUGAAGAGCUGCCGAAAAACGAAGUGCAUCGAAAUAGGCGAUCCCGGACAGAGUGGGCGUUUCGAAGUGCCAAAAACGCUGUACCAGAAGUGAGUGGUUUAUCAAGCGUUGGAUGACAUGCGAUUUAAUCAGACCACUGUCAUCGGUCCGGAAAUGGUGAGAAAAGAAACUAAUUUAUAGCAGCCGCGUGUUGUAAUGGUGGCAAUAGCCACAUAACGCACGCAGGUUAACAGCAAGGUUCGUAGCGUAAACUUCGACGUCAAGGAACGGCACCUUCUCACACCCAUUAGUAACAGACUACCACACAAGAAAGGCGGAGAUUUCGUUUAAACCUUAAAAGGUUCCUGUGCCCGUCUAACGCCUUCAGCACCAGUUCGAAACAGUCUGGUCUUUGAUUUUCGCACUGUCUAUCGAAAUCGGCAACGUUGACUUACUUUAGGCGGACCAGCUCACAGAAAGAAGCCUUCUGCAUCUCAGGGUCGCUGUACUCCCCACCGACGUGGGGAGGGGCUCACGAUGUGCGCCAGCGUCCGACUUACCCGUAGCCUGAGCGCUGGCUGCCUCGCCAUCUUUAUCGCGCACCUUAUUUCAACUUCGAUCGUUCAGACAGUUCCCGGGGUUGUCGCAAACCGACAUCUAUCGAAACGAAUCUCGUCGGCAGAAUCGCAGGAACACCCGUAUAAUGGGAUAAGGCAAAAUGAGGCUGUUUACUAUCCUGAAGAUAUGCCCGGUGGCAGAAGACUGCGAAGACAGGCCGAUGGACGCCUACAGGCUCGUCCUGGCUAUAAACUGAUACGAGUGAAGGCUCCUCAUAACCGGAGAAGGUCGACUACGACAACAACGACGACACCUCCUCCAGAGGAUUAUUAUUAUUACGAGGUUCCCGAGGAUGAGGUGCCCGAAAUCACGACCACGACACGUCGUCCAGUUCAGCGACAGCAGCAGCAGCAGCAACAACAACAACAAAUUGACCAACGAAAUCGCCAACGACAACGGGAGCCGAGCCCAUAUCAGCGUCAAUCUCAUGGGCAACACAUCGCUCAACAACAAGUAGCCUCACAGGCAUACAAUCGUUAUUCAACCAACAAUAAUCAGUACCCCCAACAAGCGCAAAGCUAUCAUCAGAUAUACAACACCUAUUACCAGUCUCAACGAGUUCGCCAAGAGCCACAGAGGCUGCGUCAACCUCAGCGUGUUCGACGGCCUCCUCAGGACUACUACGAGUAUAACGAUCUGCCAUCAGCCGAAGAGGAAAGCAAUCACUACGCGUACAAUUAUGCCACGUUUAAACCUCGUCACGUUCGACCGCAACAUCGAGAACGAGAUCAUGAUCGAGAUUAUCGAGACCGGGAUCAUCAGCGGGAUCGGGACUACCCCUUUGAUCGGGAUCGUUCCCGAGAGAGAUAUGAUGGCGAUGAUGAUGACGAGGAGCGACAGCAAAGGCCUCGUAAAAAGUACGUGACCACCAGCACGACUACAACAACGACAACAACAACAACAACAAGCACGGAACCUCCGAAGCCUACGACAACUCUGUCCCCUGGAUAUAAAGAGAGGUCGGAUGGUCGAGUUAUAGACUACCUGGCGGAUCCAAAUUUCCCCCGCGAACUCACUGGAGCUGAUUUGACCGAUUACCCGUUCUAUAUCAGUGUGCCCGAUGAUAUCCGUUUUGAUUGCGACAAACAUGGCGACGGGUUCUUCGCCUCCAUCGAACACCAUUGUCAGCUCUUCCACUAUUGUUUCGGAGGCUACCGUUAUUCGUUCCUUUGCCCCAACUAUACAGUAUACGACCAGACAACUUUCACCUGUCGCUUCGUGAACACGGUACAAUGCGACAAGUCGAAAGCGUAUUACAAACGUAAUGACGCUCUUUUCAAGGAUACGACGACGACGACGACGACGACUACGACUAUUCAUACCCCGACCGUUGCUGAGGAUACGAUCGCAAAGGAAGCCGUCAAGGCUUUAAAAAGGCCAAAACCCGCGAAAUCGACCAACUCGAAGUCAAAGACCACCACCACAACAGAGGCGCCUAUCGAAUAUGAGGACGAGUACUAUGAUGAAGAAUAUGAAGAUGAACAGACUGCUACAGCGACCACUACGCCAGCGCCAUCUGCUAAAGCGAAGCCUAAAACGCCUAGUACAACGCCAAGCACAACAACAACAACAACAACGACAACAACCUCUAAACCUCCCCCAUUACUUGCUGGCAGAAAGGCGCGACUUUCGAGUCGAGCAAAGUUGCUCGGCAACAGGUCUUGAAAUGAUGGUAAAGUGGAUGAAAUUUUGGGAUUGUUGAACCUCCACUAGGGAGACGUGCGUUAAGGAUGCUCAAGGUAGACAAACCACUCGAGGCGACAUUUUUGCUUCAACACCAACUAUAUCAUCCUCAUUGUUAGGUUUUCGCGCGGCUAUUUGAACUAGAGCAGGUACAGCAUUAAGGUCACGCAUUACCUUAUCAAUAUCGAAUGGAAAGCCUGAUCGAAAAUGCUGUUAUUGUGACAAUGCAGUGGGGAUUCUAUAACGCUCAUUUUUUAUUCUAUUCCAUUGACAGAAGGAAGUGUAAGUAAGGAAGAAAUUUGUUUACUCCUGCCACAUCGCAAACGACAAUUACAACUUCGUGUGGCUAAAGAAUGAUUGCUUUUCAAUAUUUCCUUUUUUGAAUCAGAAGCUUUGUGUGAUUUAACCGACUAGUGUCUUGUUUAAAGAUAUCAUAUAGUAGUAGCAUCCAAUGGACUCGUACAAUCAAAGAUGAUCGUAGGUCUCGAAAGAGAGUAUAGCUUGAAUAUGCAAAACUAGCCCCUUACUAUAAAGAAGCAAGCCUUGUCUUAAUUAGGCUUGCGUUAUCUCAGUACAUGUAAUUUACCUUCAAAGCGCUUGUAGUACCUUACGGAUAGUAUUAAUGCUCGUUUGGGUUGGAUCUAACGAAAGCCCAAUCGUUUUCGAGGGUUCCGCCGAAUCCGUCUGCAGACAUAAGGUGUACUCUGCGGCCACAGAGUAAUAAUACUAUAUAUAUCAUACGAGGAAUUCAGUAACUAAAAAAAGCUGACUAGAUUAUGGUUGACACAUAUGAAUUUUGUAUAUGGCUUUGCGGCCUAUUUUUAAAAAAAAAAAAGUGCUUAAGAAUCUCGUUUCCACAAUUGCUGCAACGAAGGUUUAACAGUCCGCAAAAGAAGAUAAACGUCGCGGAGAAGAUUGUUUGCGAUUGAGGACAGACCCGGAACGACGAUGCCCUCCUCUUUGUGAAGUACUGAACCAUGUAUCUAUGUGUUUAACAUAUAACUAUUCAAGAGCAUUGUGUAGACGGAAAGGACAGCGGGCUGAAGUGAAGUACUCACAUUUUCAUCACUUCACAGCUUAGAAAGCCUGUCGUCAAGAAAAUAGGAAGCACAUAGCUAUGCAAUUGGGUAAACCUAGCAAGUUCCAGUAGGUCCCGGUGUCACAGUGAAGAGGAAUCCGAUUGCAAACUGAAAACAUCUUUGUGCUUUUGCCGAUUUAAACUUGCUAAGAUUACAAAAAAAAAAUAACCUGAAUUUUAUAUUUGUCCACUAACUGUUCUUUUCGUAGACAGGACGCUCGCGUAGAGAUCAGCAUCUCGUUGGUGGGUCAUCAUCUGGCGUACCUUAAAUUGUGAUUGUAGUAUCCAAACAGGGGAAUUCUAGAAAAGUGUAUCGCAGAUUGUUUUCACGAAAACUGCUGCAGUAAUCACUCUGUACGUGGAAAACGAAUGUACCGCGUUACAAUGGCUAGCAGUAAGCCGAUACGUAGCACAUAGAUUAAAUUCUUUUGUUUCCCGUUCUUUCCAAAGAAAAUGGGUAGAGGAAACUACUUUUCUAAAAAAUAUUAUCAAAGUUGGUAGAUAGCAAAAUAAGAGAUGUAGGCCAAUUUAAAGCUGUGGGGUACGCCGCACAGCGUACAGGCGGGAUGAAAGGUCGUCAUGAGACGACGGCUUCUUAUUGUCGUUGCGCUUGGCAACCAGCCAUGAAAUCCUGGUGACUCUUCUAAGGUAUGCAUCGCCAUAUGUGGCCAGUGACUACAGGUGAAGACUUUACCAGUUGAGUUUUUAACUAUGAAGAACCACACUUAGCGAAAGUCGCUUAACACUGAAUUCAUUGACGUAACCAUCCCGCUCAUAUUACUCCGCUGCCAUUUAGGUAUCGACUUGACAAUACGAAUGCUAUAGCAACCCUUGCUCGAAGUAAAUAGAUUUCGUGAGAUUUAAGAGUUUUUUCUGCUGUGGUACCUUAAGUAUUGUAUUUCGCAUAAUGGUGAGAUAAAACGCUCAUAUAGGAAUCGUCGAGCCUGUGUUCAGCAACCGACGAGUUCUACGCUAAAAGCACAAUUGCUAAAGGCAAUAAAACUGUGCUGGUAUAUUUUUAA